UUUUCGUUUGUUUUUCUUUCAGCGUUUCCCCCCGAAAACACUGCAGGGCGGCCACCCGCUGAAAAAAAAAACUUCUUCCUUUCCUUUCCCUGCAGGUGUAGCGGAGGCGGCUGGCGGCGAGGAGGGGGCGACGCAGGAGGAGAGCAAUGAAUCAGCAGACUCACUCCUACAGUCAGCAGGAGCUAGCUGUACCUCAGAGGCUUUAAGAAACUGGAUGGCUUCUACGGUGAGCCUGGGUAAAGACACAUUAUUGGAAGAUGGAAUGCCACCUGCAAAAAAGCCCAGGAAGCUGCUGCCAAGCCUCAAAACCAAGAAGCCUCGGGAGCUCGUCCUGGUGAUUGGGACAGGAAUUAGCGCAGCCGUCGCUCCCCAAGUCCCAGCACUGAAGUCUUGGAAGGGGUUAAUCCAGGCCCUCCUGGAUGCUGCUAUUGACUUUGAUCUUCUGGAAGAUGAAGAGAGCAAAAGGUUUCAGAAGUGUCUCCAUGAAGACAAGAACUUGGUUCACGUUGCCCAUGACCUUAUCCAGAAGCUGUCUCCGCGCACAAGCAACGUUCGCUCAACAUUUUUCAAAGACUGUUUAUACGAGGUGUUUGAUGACCUGGAAUCUAAAAUGGAAGAUUCUGGCAAACAGCUGCUUCAGUCUGUGCUUCGCUUAAUGGAAAAUGGGGCACUCGUGUUAACCACCAACUUCGAUAACCUGCUGGAACUGUAUGCAGCGCACCAGGGGAAGCAUCUGGAGUCUCUUGACCUGACGGAUGAGAAGAAGGUGCUGGAGUGGGCGCAAGAGAAGAGGAAGCUCAGCGUCCUGCAUAUCCACGGCGUGUACACGAACCCGAGCGGCAUAGUGCUGCACCUGGCCGGGUACCAGAACGUGCUGCGCAACACGGAGGUCAUGCGAGAGAUUCAGAAGCUGUAUGAAAAUAAGUCAUUCCUGUUCUUGGGCUGUGGUUGGACUGUUGAUGACACCACGUUUCAAGCCCUGUUCUUAGAAGCUGUGAAGCACAAGUCAGACCUGGAGCACUUUAUGCUCGUGCGGCGAGGAGACGUGGAUGAGUUCAAGAAGCUCCGUGAGAACAUGCUGGACAAAGGGAUUAAAGUGAUUUCCUACGGAGAUGAAUAUGCAGACUUGCCUGAGUACUUUGAGAGGCUGACGAGCGAGAUCACCAUGCGGGGUGAGACAGGUGUGCUUAAGGAGGGACAGCAGCUGAAUGGCUCCACCGCUGCCCAUGGUGAGAUAAAAGGACGCAGCACGUGAGCCUUGCCCCAGGAGCAGUGCUGCAGAACCUCCCCAGGACAGGACGAGCAGGAGCCAGCAGCUCCAUGGAAGCCUGCAGCCUCCAAGGUCAGUCCAGGGGAGGAGCAAAGUCCCCGUCCAGAGCUGCUGUUCUCGCCCACAUGCACCGAGACUCCCAGAGACACAUCAGGCACGAGACAGAGCGCUGGGCAGUUUCCCUGUGAAAUGAGCCUGGUGCCUGAUUUAACGUAGUAAUUGUCUUUUUUUAAUCAAGGGUGCAUUUGCCUGGGGAAACGUUUUCUCCCCACCUCAACUGCAGCCUCCUGUCAUUUCGUAUUUAGUGCUUUUGUAUUCUGUACUUUCACUCUAAAAUGAAACUUGAGCAUUUUUUUUUACUUGAAGCUCUAGUUUUCUAGCCCUUUCUUUAUACUGUACAGUAUUUUGUAUGUUGAAGCUUGUAUUAAAGGCCUGUUCCGCUACC